CCUUAGUAUUAUGUAAUUCAAUCGGCUUUAAUCUGUACUUGUUUACAUAAUAUAAGUCUAUUUGUCCUUGCAAAAAAAUUUUGCAUUCAAUUAUUAACUAUAAAUUUAUAAUAUGAAUUCCAACUUUAAUUCAUGGUCUAAUUCGGAUAAGGUGGUAGAAGACUCAAAAUUUGAUCCAUCUUUUACUAGACAUCCAGAUGAAUCUAAUGAAGAUGGUUUUCAUUCUGUAGUUGAUGAAGUUACUGCUGCGGCAGCGGCCGCAGCUCAUGCCCAUGCUCAAGCUCAAGUUCAGGCUCAGGUUCAGGCUCAACAGGUUCAUCAUAAUCUUCCACAUAACCAUGGUCAAUCUCAUUCUCAUCAGAAUGAUUCUAUUAGUCAAGAAGAACAAGUACGUGCGGCUCAUGAAGCAGUGACAGCUGCUACAGCAGCUGCUAGAUUAGAAUCCGCUUAUACAUUAUCGACUGAUAGUCCUGGAUCUAAUGAUGGUACUAAUGGUGGAUCCACCACUGGAAGUAAUACUCCAGAUAAAUCAUCAACAAUAACAACUACUGGGAAAUCCGAUAAAUAUACAAGAGUAGUCUCUGGAACUAAAAGAGCAGCUCAAAAUAGAAGUGCACAAAGAGCAUUUAGACAAAGAAAAGAUAAAUAUAUAAGAGAUUUGGAAUUAAAGGCUUCAGAAGUUGAUCAAUUGCGUCAAACCAUUGAUGAAUUAAGAUCAGAAAAUUUACAAUUAAGAGAUUAUACUUUGGCAUUACAAAGUAGAUUAAUUGAGACCGGACAAGCAUUAGGAAAUUCUAGUACUCUUAAAUUCGGAAAUAAUAGUGUUAAUACUAAUAGUGCCAAUGGUAGCAAUAAUAGCAGUGCUAAUAAUACCAAUGCAGGUAAUGACUCUAGUAAUCCGACAGGGUUAUCAACCGGAGUUUUCACUAAGGGAUACACCAGCGAAAAAUAAUGAAUAAUGAAAAAUUAAAGGUUUAUAGAAGAAACAAUAUAUUCCAGUUUGUAUUUAUAAGUAUAUUAAUGAAUUAAUGUAGAUUAGCAAUUCUGUUCACAUAGUUGCGAAUUAUGCGUGGACA